AUGGCGGCGGCGGGCGCGGGGGCCGGGCCCGGGCCCGGUGCGGGUUCCUCGGCCGGCGCCGGGGCCUCGAACCCGCGGAAGUUCAGCGAGAAAAUCGCGCUGCAGAAGCAGCGGCAGGCGGAGGAGACGGCGGCCUUCGAGGAGGUGAUGAUGGAGAUCUGCUCCACACGGCUGCAGGCGCAGAAGCUGAGGCUGGCGCACAGCCGGGGCCCCUACUACAGCGGCUCGCUGCCCAACGUCAACCAGAUCGGCAGCGGCGUCUCCGACUUCCAGGGCCCCUUGCACUCGCCGCUGGACUCGACGCGCAGCACGCGGCACCACGGCCUGGUGGAGCGGGUGCAGCGGGACCCGCGCCGGAUGAUGUCCCCCCUGCGCCGAUACGUGCGCCAGAUCGACAGCUCGCCCUACGGCCCCACCUACCUGUCGCCCCCGCCGGAGCCCAGCUGGAGGAGGACCAUGCCCUGGGGGAACUUCCCCAUGGAGAAGGGACAUCUGUUCAGGCUGCCGUCCGCUCUCAACAGAACAAAUUCCGACUCGGCGCUGCACACGAGCGUGAUGAACCCGGCCCCGCAGGACGCCUACCUGGGCCCCUCGCAGGGCGCCCCGCCGCCCGGCCGCCGCGGCGGUUUUCUGGACGGGGACGCGGACAGUAAAGUGCCUCCCAUCGAAGAGGGCUUCGACGACAACAAGCACUCGCUGAAGCCCUGGGACACCAAGAAGCUCUCCUCGUCCUCAGCCCGGCCGCGCUCCUGCGAAGUCCCUGGGAUCCACAUCUUCCCAUCCCCGGACCAGCCUGCCAACGUCCCCCUCAUCCCCUCGGCCCUCAACACGGGGGGCUCGCUCCCCGACCUCACCAACCUGCACUUCCCCUCGCCGCUGCCCACCCCGCUCGACCCGGACGAGAGCGCCUACCCCAGCCUGAGCGGGGGCAGCAGCACCAGCAACCUGGCCAACACCAUGACGCACCUGGGCAUCAGCGGCGGCAUGGGGCUGGGCACCGGCUACGACUCGCCAGGACUUACCUCACCUAUGCAGAGCUCCCUGAGUAACCCGUCCCUGCAGUCCUCGCUUAGCAAUCCCAACCUCCAGGCCUCCCUGCGCAGCCCCUCGCUCCAGUCCUCCCUCAGCAACCCCUCGCUGCAGUCCUCCCAGAGCAGCUCCUCCAUCCCCUCCUCGCUCUCCAACCAGUCCCUGCCCUCCUCGCUCUCCUCCUCGCUCAGCAACCCCUCGCUGCCCACGUCCCCCCGCAGCCAGCCCAUGCAGUCCUCCCCCAGCAACCCCAGCCUGCCCUCCGGCUUGAGCGCCUCCUCCUACCCCAUGGUGCAGGCGUCCAUAAGCACCUCGCCCCGCCGACGGGUCCCGCUCAGCCCCCUCACCCUCCCAAUGGGUGGCGACUCCAGGAGGCAGCACCCCAAACAGUUCUCACCAACAAUGUCACCCACAUUGUCCUCCAUCACCCAGGGGGUGCCCCUGGACACCAGCAAGCUGCCGGCCGACCAGCGCCUCCCGCCGUACUCCUACAGCCAGCCCGGCCUCAUCCUGCCGUCCCAGCCGCAGCCCGGGCAGAAAACCCUGCACCAGCCCCCCCAGCAGCCGCCUCUGCCCCCAGCCCCGCCGCACCCGCCGCUGGGGCAGCCGCUGGGCGACUUCGGCAUCGGCAGCUUCGAGCAGUUCGGCAUGGGGGAGAGCCCCACGGGCAACAGCGGCGCCUUCCCCGAGGAGCUGGGGUCGCUGUACCCCCCCGGCGAGAGCUACGACCCCCACGUCCUCAACCGGCAGAACCUGAGCAACUGCGGCCGCCACGGCCCCGUCCCCAACAUCAUCCUCACCGGGGACUCGCCGCCCGGCAUCUCCAAAGAGAUCGCGACGGCGCUGGCCGGCGUGCCGGGCUUCGAGGUGGAGGCGGCGGCGCUGGGGCUGGAGGAGGACCUGAAGAUCGAGCCCCUCAGCCUGGACGGACUGAACAUGCUGAGCGACCCCUACGCGCUGCUCACCGACCCCGCCGUCGAGGACUCCUUCCGCACCGACCGCCUGCAGUGA